UCCGCCCCCCCCGUUCCCCCCGGGCCGGGGUCGUUCCGGGGGUCGCUGUACCUUUAAAUGCCGCCGGUGCCGCUCGCGGCGAGGCCACGCCCACGCCCAUUUAAGGAUAGAAUGGGCGUGGUCUCUGUGAAACCACGCCCCCUUAACCCCGCCUAGGACCGUACCAAGUGCGCGGCGGGACGGGGGGGCGGAGCCAGGCGGGCACGCGGCGGCGGCAUGGACGCGGCACCGCCGCGGUUCCAGCGGUUCCGGUGUCCCCCCGAGUUCGAGGCGGUGGCACCGGGGGUGGCCCUGGCCCGGGAGGGGCCCCGCACGGAGCUGUGGCUGAUCCGAGCGCCCGCCGACUUCUGUCCCCAGAGCCUCGAGGGCUGCCCGGUGCCCCUGAACGGCCUCGAGCGCCUCCGGACCGGUGACAACAACGGUGACAAUGACACCAAGGACACCAAGGACAGCAAGCUGUACGUGCUGCGGGCUGGCCCGGGGGGAGGGGACUGUCCCCUGCUGCUGUCCCCGGUGUCCCCAGAGGGGUCCCUGGGCUGUGCCCCCCCCCUGCGGGGGUCCCUGACCAUCACCCAGAGCUUCGGGGACCCCCCCGCGCCCCCCCCCGCCGCCAGGAAGAGGAAGAAGGCGAAGGUGACACCGGAGCUGGUGGCACCUGGGGACAUGGUGACAUCGCAGGGGACGGUGCCACCCGCAGGGACAGAGCCCGGGGAGGGGCCAGGACCCCCCCAGGACAUUCUGGUGGCCCCAGAGGUGGCCAAGAGGAAGAAGAAGAAGAAGAAGCACAAACGGGAGGAGGAGCAGGAGUGA